ACUGAGAAGGGGUGGGGAGGGUGCUAGGCUCUUCCUCUCCUGGCCAGCAGCACACUGGCUGAUAAGAACUCUGCAGCUAACUCUGCCCGUGGCUGGCACCAUGAAGGACGACGUGGCUCUUCUGGCUACCGUCACCCUCUUGGGAGUUCUACUGCAAGCCUACUUCUCCCUGCAGGUGAUCUCUGCGCGCAGGGCUUUCCACGUGUCGCCGCCACUCACUUCUGGACCUCCCGAGUUCGAGCGCGUCUUCCGAGCCCAGGUGAACUGCAGCGAGUACUUCCCGCUGUUCCUCGCCACGCUCUGGGUCGCCGGCAUCUUCUUUCACGAAGGCGCCGCAGCCCUGUGCGGAUUGUUCUACCUGUUCGCGCGCCUCCGCUACUUCCAGGGAUAUGCACGCUCCGCGCAGCUCAGCUCUUUUCAGACGGAUCCAGGCGCUCCUGCAGAUGGCCUGAGGCGAAGGACCUCCUUGUCAGCGCAACUGGAGAAGAGCUUAGAGCAAAAUGCGGGGGUGCCCGCCCCCGGAUCCCAGUUUCUAAUUAAAGUUCCCACGACGGUCCCGCCUACAUUCUCUGGGUGGGAGAAGGUUGCUUACCAAGGGCUGCAAACCCUGGAGGGCCCCAGCCGCCUACGGCUGCAACCAGGCUUUGGGAGGCGGCAUGGGCCGGCUUGGAUUUGAGCUUCUCUCGCUAUACCCUCCUCUAGACGGCACCUUGCCUGCCUGCGCAGCUACCUCUGCCUUGACGUUAUUUCCAGAAACAGCUACCCUUCACCCUU